ACGAACGAAGUUAGAAUAAGUCUAAUUUGUCUCUUGGAAACUGAGUGAUAGAUUAGAUCUCGACUAAUAGACUCUAUUAUAGAGUCUAUAUUGAAAUUUAUUAGACUCUACUCUCUAGAUAUCUAGAUUGAAUAUGCGGAUAUUGCCUAAAUAUAUUACAAUGGAAGACGUUUAUGUUUCUUUAAAUUAAAAAUAUGUUUGUCCAUUUUAGCAUAAGCGCCUGCUCUACAUCUUAUCAGCAGUCACAUUAAUGACAUAAUCAAAAACCAACUUGAACAUUCUGAGGAAUACUUCAGGGAUGGCAUCUUAAGGAAGCUAUGGAGAUGUGAAGUUUGUUGUCAUGGCAGAUAGCUUUCCAACUAUCAGUGCAGACCAACUGACUAAAGCUGCCGCAGGAGUUCUUUCUGCUCUGGAUGGAGAUGCACCUGGAGAUGGUUGGCAAACAAAAGGUAUUUUUAACACAGAAAAACUCAGACAAAAAAAGCCUUUUCAGUCUUCUCUGGAACUGUUAGAAAAUCUUUCUACUUCAGUUACUUCCGAACUUGCUAAGCUCAACCAACUUGAUGUACAGAAAUCAUCCAACAGUAAUCUACCUAAUUCAAAUCCUAGUGUUGGAAAAAUUAAAAAGUAUGAUGGUUCCUGUCAACCUGCUGCCAAGAAAUAUUCAAGUCGUAAAAACUACAAACUGCUUCCCCCUAUUAUUCCUCGACAGUUCCAGAAAAGCCACAGAAAACAUGCACCGCAGGUGGUUUGUCAGAAACAGGUGGUGACCCUCAGUCAUCAACCAAGUUUGCACAGCUCUGAAAAGUUGAAGUCCAUGCCCAUUAGAUUUGCUCGUUAUACAACCAAUUAUGUUUUUAUUAGGACAGCUCCACCAGUGUCAGGGACUGUGCUGUCAUCUGGGUCAGUGUCAGUUGGAACAACAGUCCAGGCUGUGGCUACUUUGGAAUCUCCUAAUCAUGUAAAAUCAGCAACUACCAUUAAUCCAAUAGUCUCUUCUUCCAUGGCAACUCCAUCUACUGCUGUUGUGUCAUCCUCAUGUGGAGUAAAUGCAAAAAGCAUGUCAUUAGUCCCUAUCGCACCAAAGUUAACACCAAACAAUGCUAACCUAGCUACAGUCAUUAUCUCAAGUACUGGUAAAUCAGUAGUACAGACCUCUACUUUAAGACCAGUGUUGCUGCCUAUUUCAAUCAAAUCUGGUGAAGCAUUACAAAACAACAGUGCUUUAGCUUUGUCAAAAUGUCUUGCAGUGGAACACACCAACAUUUGUACUCCAACUAAGAUGCCAAGUCAAGAGGUCUCAACAUCUAAAGCCCAGGUGGUCCAUAUGCAGCUUUCCCCAUCCAACCCCGGCUUGACUAGACUAUUGUUCUCAGGAUCACCAUCAAACACAGUGACUAAAUCUGAUGCUGAGAAUAUAUCUACUCCAUCUCACUCUAACCAUCAAACAGCUACCACUUCCAGCAUAUCAAAGUCUGACCUAACUUUAAUGAGCUGUCUGAACAUAAAUAAUAUCUCUCAUUCCAAUAGCAUUACUAGUGCAGCCAGAGGAUCUAGCCAGGUGAAGCUGUCCCCCUCCAGCUACCAUCACAGCCCUUCACAUACCACUCCUGGGGGUAGCACCAUCACCAGCCCACCAUCAAGUUUAAGAAUCUUGCUUCAGAGCAAAUCUUUAUCACAUACAUCCUCUCUCUCCCAUAUAAAGGCAUCACCUCUGCCUAUCACAGACCCAUCUGCACAAGAUCUAAAGUUAAAGUCAUUGGAAGCUAAUCUGUCGUGUGUUAAAUCACCUUCCACUUGCAAUGAAUCAAAAUUGUUUGAACUGACAUCAAAAUCAAAGUCACCAUUAAAUGAUUCAAACUAUUGUUGUUCUGAAAGUUCAAAAUUUGAAAAUUUCAAGCCAGCCAGUACAAUGCCAUCAAGUCAUUCCAUUUCGACAACCAUAGUUAUGGAUAAUUCUCCACUAGGAAGCUUUUCAUCAAAUGGAAAGUUCAUAAAAACAACAGCUACAGCAUCAGUCACAACAGCUGAACUUAAUUCACAUCAGUCAGUGUGUAAGUCUGUCACAAUUAGCACAGCCAAAUUACCUGGUCUGUUGAAUAAUGCAAUUACAUCCAAGUCUCAUCAAACUGAGUCUAACCCCACAACAAGUUUUUCUACUGGCCCAGCCAAUUUAUCUUCAUCAAGUGUUGAUCAACAGUUUGAGCAAGUGAAAGAAUCUCUAAUUAAUUUAUUGAAGUCCUCUUCCAACAGCAUUUAUAAUUGUCCUGUUACAGCAAUAUCAAAACCAUUGCCCUUGAUGGCUAACCUUCCAGUUGACGAGUAUAAGUAUUGCAAUGAAAAACAUCAUCAGAACAUAGUAGCAACAACUUCUACUCCAUCCAAAUCAUUAUCUACUGUCAAAACAAUGACCACAAGAGCAGAGACAACUCAGUCCAACAAUCUACUAAAGUCCCUUCUUUGUGCCAGUGAAGGAAAGUCUAAAACAUCUGAUCACACUGUCACUACAGUAACAACAUCAUCUGUGGUGACUACUGGAUUGACUAAUGUUUCUAAUACUACCAGCACAGAGGUUUUAGAUAAUCAUUCAACAUCAUUAACUAACAUUCUGAGUAGAGAAGAAGAGUCCAUGUCUAUAUCAACUGCUGCAGCUGCUGCUGCUAUGGUUUCACUGUCAGAGACAAAUACUCUGCCAAAGCCAACUGAAAACCAUCCAGCUUUGUCAACUGAUACCCCAGCAGGCAGUUCAACCAACAUAGCCAGUUCUUCUUUGCCAGAACUGCCACAGUUCCAUAUUUCACCAGUGGACAGAAGCCAACUUUUGAUCUCCCCUGCAGGCAUCAAACACCUUCAGAAUUUGCUGCGCAAGCAAGGGAUAUCUGAAGGCUAUUUCAUCAUCACAACUCCCAGGCCUUCACUCUCUGCAGCAGCCAAUUGUAAGAACCAGCCGGUGAACUUUGAAAAUUCAAAUUUCACCAAUACACGUUCGAAGAAAGUCAUUUCUCAAACAGGAAACUCAAAUAUAUCCUCCUCCUCAAGUCAGAGUAUCUCCAAUGAUGAAAACAUGUAUCCGUCUCAACAAGUUUUAGUAGAAAAUAGGAUGGAGGAGAAUAAUGGUGAAGAUUUAUUAGAUAAAGGUAAUAGUGUUGAUAAAAGAGGAAAUGGAGAAUCAAGCUCAGAUAUAUCCAAAGAAGUUAGUUUAUGUCAAGAUAAUUAUGAAAGUGAAAGUGACAGCUCCUCAGAAUCUCAGUCUAGUUGUGGCGCCCUGGUUAUAGAAACAGGAGAAGAUGAGGAUGGACAGCAAAGCUCAUUGUCUCCAGAGGAUGGUGAAUGCUCUCUAAGAAAGCAUCUCUCAGACACUAAUGAAAACAUUUUUGAUAAUAGCCACAUUAAGACUAAACAUGUUUCCAAAUUAGAUGGUGCUUGGGAAGGUGGUAAUGACUUGAAUGGUUCCGGAAUCAUAGCACAGAGCCCAUUAUCCUUAAGCGACCUUAUUAGACAACAGCAGAGGCAUGGAGAGACUGACUACAACUUUUUAUCAACUUCAGAGCAUAAAAUGAAAAAUGGGGAGGAUGAAAUGAGAAGCGCAUCAGAAAACAUACAUCAUGAGACAUCAGUUGGCAAUGGAGAUGAUUUUAAUUUCACUAUACCCCUGUGCCCAGUAUCAGCAUAUGGUGUCUCACAUCAGAAUUCUGCCUUAGAAAUCUCUUCUGGCUAUCAGCAUAACAUGUAUGGUGCUAACACUAUGUUUGCCAAUGAUAUGUCUUUUGAAAAUAGCACUCAGCAUUCCAGCUUGGAAACACAUAACCAAAUGGGGGAGAUACGAACCAAUCCUUCACCCAAACUGCUUUCCAGGCCUAUGAGUGCAGCCAGCCCAAAGUCUCCACUUUCUGUUAACUCAAGCCAGAUUUCAGAUCAUAGCACCCCUCUGAACCCACCAAUGACCCCUAAUACAAUGCUAAUCAAUCUGCUGAACAGAGUUCCCACACCAUUACUGACUAACCACCAUGACCUGCUCUCUGUACCUACAUCUCAAGAAAAUAACAUGAAUGUAUCAGCACUAGGUAACUUUGAAAUCCUUCAAAGCAAGCAAGAUCACAGUCUUUACCAUAACAAAAAUAUGACCUAUUCAGGAAACUCCAAUCAGAACUCGUUACUUAAUAAUGUUGAAACAGACAACACUAACCUGUUAUACAAUCAAGAUUCUAGGAAUAUAAGUGAUAGAAAGUUUGUUCAGAAUGCCCUACAAAUAAUGAAUGCUAACUAUUCUUCUAUGCCCAGUUCAAGUGAUGAUCAUGGUGCUCCACUAGCCAGUUUUAGUGAUGUAGCAUUUUCUCAGCACAGGUCACAAGAUCAACAUUCUUCAAUGUGUUUCCCAGAAACUUAUGAAGGGGAUGUCAAACAGCAUGAGGAUAGUCAGCAUUUUCAUUGCAAGUCUUGCCCCGGCCCACUUGUAGUCACUGUCAAUUUAGACACAAGCUCUCCGGCUGUCAAAGUUUCACAUGCUUGCAACGCAGGAAAGUCAGCUGAGGAGUUGCUUAGCACUUUUGAGCAUACAACUCUGGGACUGUUGAAGACGGAAGGCUCUCAAGAAUCAAUGCAGCUGAACUUGAUUCCGGUGAAAUCAAGUGAGACUGAUAUCCUCCGUCACCUUAUUUUGAACACAAGUAGUGGGUCAUUUCAUUCGAUGGCAUCUGGAGAUCAGGGGUUUGUCGAGGCACCCUCAGCUUACAAUAUGUCUCAACCUCACAUGCAGCCCCAGUAUGAAUGUCAAGUGGAGUCUUUCCUAGAUUCAAGAAGUCAGCACAAAGACAUGACAGAGAACACUUCCUAUCAGUCGCAGGAAGACAAUUUUCUUCAUUUGGAAUCUCACUCUCACAGCCAGUCGACAUCAUCUUACACAGAUGCCAGCUUCCAAGUGUCCACUUCUUACAAUGGUACUGAAGAAGAUAACCCAACCUUAGUCGACUCAGCCAGAUCCUCUUACAUUCUUCAGGGAAAUGGCCCCUCUUUCACCAUGAAUGACAUGAAUAAAAGUAACUUGCCCCUUGACGACCAACCUUUCCUUGAAUCAAGUGAAAGACUUCAGCACCUCAGUGACUUUAGAUCUGACCAGCAGCAAGAGAACCUGUUUUAUCAGCAUACCCAUGACCCUCAAACUGACCUUCACCAACAGCAAGACCUCCACCUUUAUGACCCUGACCAUCAACAUCAGGACCAUGAGCUUGACUACCACCUUGAGAGUCUGCCACAGUCCCACGAAUCUCACCAGUAUUCCUCAUCUCUUCCACUUCCAAGUGCUUCCAGGAUCUUUGAGGAUCACCCUGAAAAUGUUGGCUUCAUAGACAACCAAUUCUCCAGCCAGUACUAUGACAACAGCAGGAUGGCCACCAAUUUGACAAUGUUUUCCCAGCUUUGUGCUGUGGCUUCUGAGGCUCCAGUUUUAGGGACAUCUGCAUCUCACUCUUGCAACAUUCCAUUUAGCACAGCACCAACAGGCUUGCAGUUCCAAUAUCCACCUGAUGAUGAAGAUGAUGCUAGCAUUGUGAAGCAGCCUGUUCUACCCAGUGCAUCUUUCUCCCCUCCAAGUGUCGCAGACCCAGCUGUCACUCCAGAUCCUGGUGGCAUGGGAAUGUACAAUGGAACAUUUCCUAACUUAUCCGUGUAUGAUAUGUAUGUCAGGGGAGGAAACUCUGAUGUCCGAUGUGGAGAUAAUGACACAACACAAGAACUUGGAAACUUUUGUGUGGACUGUAAUAUUAUGUACAAACUGCAGUGCAAGUUCCAUCCCAGCGAAUACUCUUAUAUCUGUGACACUCCCAUUUUAUCCCAUGCUCGGCUGACUCUGCCAUCUUGUUUGAGGCUUGGAAGUUCAAGUGUAGUGGGGCAUACAAACAACACUGGUGUGUUUGCCAAAGAGGUGAUUGCAGCUAGAACAAAGUUUGGUCCCCUGAUAGGAUCUCCUGUGUCAUGUGACCAGCUAGGGUCAACAAGAAGUUUCUCCUUGUGGCAGACUUUCAGUGAAAGCAGCACUAAGGUGGUUGAUACAAGUGAUGAAAACUCUUCCAAUUGGCUCAUGUUUAUCAAGCCAGCUUGCGUGUCUGCUGAGCAAAAUCUGGUGGCCUUCCAGCAUGGCUCUAAUGUGUACUUUGUAACACGCAUGGACAUCAACCCUGGUCAGGAGCUGAGAUACUGGUUUGCUAAGGAUUAUGCUCGUCUGCUUGGAAUAACACCUAAUCCAAAGAGUGUCUACUAUCAACUGUGUCCUCACUGUACAGUUUGUAAGCAAAUUUUCCCAGACAGAAAACAGGUUCGUAGUCAUACAAGAUUACAACAUCCAAAGCCAUGUACCAAGAAGUGUGGACAGUGCUCUCGCAGGUUUUCUCAGGUGUCUCACCUCAAUGCCCACAUUACCUCUGUCCAUCUGAAAGUCAAGAAAUGUGUCUGCCCUCACUGUGACAAGAGGUUCUCUGACAGCAGCAACUUUCGUAAACAUGUCAAGUCUCACUCAGAUGAACGUUAUUUCAAGUGCCAGAUCUGUGGCAAAGAUUUUCGCCAGAAAGCCCACUUGACUCACCACAUGAACACCCACAUGCCUGUGAAAAAUGAGCAGUGUGGCUUUUGUGGGGUCAGAUUCACCCGGGCUUUCAGCAGGAAGCAGCAUGAACUCCAGCACACUAAACAAAACAAAUUCCCAUGUGCCCAUUGCAACAAGGUGUUUUACAAAAAACAAGUGUAUAGGCAACACUUGAAGAUUCACAGUAAUGAACGAAACCAUGUGUGUCCCUUGUGUAAUAAAGCGUUCCGUACCAAGGCCAACCUCACACGCCACGGCCCAGCCUGUAAACAGAAAAAGAAUAUCAUGCACUCAAUGUCAUCACAAUCUACUAUGUCGGCAGACUUCCUGCACCCUGGCCAUCCGGAUAUUUCUCCUAGUCAGUUUAGGAGCAGCUCUGAACUGAUGUCUGAAAAUAUUUAACUUCUUUGAUUUUUUUUCUUCAAUAGUUGAAAUAGAAAAAAAAACACUUAAUGUAUGAAACAUUUUCAUUGUUAAGAAUGAGUAAAUUAAUUAUUCUAAAAAUUUUAGAGCUGUGAUUCCCUACAUUUUUUUAAAUAACCUAAUUUAAUGAAAAUUUACCUAUUCACGAGAGCUCAAAAAAAUCUGCCAUGUUUAUUGCCACUGAGUGGCAUGGUAAUAAAAAAGCAACAUUUUUCUCCUGGAAAACCUUUUUUUUUUCUCAAUUUUUUUGUCUUUUUACCUGAGAUCUAAAUUUCAUUCAGCUGUUUAUUAGUAAUUUGUGAAUAUGCUAAAAAUGACUGAUUUGCAAAAUAAGUUUUUCAUUUAUUCCUACUGAAAUAGUCUAUUAAGACUUUACCAAGUGACAAUUGAAUUUUUAAUCCUUAAGGGGACGUUAUUUUUGUAAUACAAACCCAAACUUAAACACUAAUGAUUUCAGAUAUUUUUUUUAUACACACGUUAUGAAAUCUUACAUUUUUUAAUAUUUUUUUUUUACAUUAAAUAUAUAAUAUAUUUAGACAUUUAUAUAUAUAUAUAAAUUUAAUAUUAUGCGUAUCUAAAUUAUAAAUGUGAACAUGCUGAAAUGUUAUUUGCUAUUGAUAGCUUAGGAUAUUCUCAAAGUGUUUCACUAAAAUAUUUUCUCUUGUUGAUUCAAUGUUCUAGGUCAGUUCUUGUCAUUCAUCAGUUUCAAUCAUGAAAAUACUCAACAUUGUAAAUAAUAUAAAAAAAAAAUGGAUAUAAAAAAAACAAGUCAUCCAUUCUUUCUGUGAAAUGUAAUCAGUAUUUUUGUUUACUUUUUAUGCUUAUUUCAUCUUGAUUUAUGUUAUUUUUAUAAAGGCAAAAAAUAGUUUAUUUGUUUUUGUUGUAUUUAUUUUGCUCUUUCAAGGCAUUUUGCUUUUUUUUUAAAUUUCUGCGGCAAAACAACCAAGUGUUUGAGUGCAAAAGUACUUUAAUGCCAAAUUGUGUUUGACUUCUGGUCAUUGUAAUAGCCAACAUUUGAAGAUGCUCAUUUCCCACCUUCUGCAUUAGCAUGUAAUGUGUGUCUGGGAAAGUGAAGACAUUUCAACCAUUGUAUUUAAGAAACUAUUUUUUUCUUACCUAAGGUGGACGUCAUUAGUCCUUAACCUAAGUUGAGUUUUUAGGGAAAAGUUUUUUUAUCGAAGCAUUUCAAUAUUACAUCAUAACAUUGUCAAAAGCAACUUACCCAAUGACAUAUAAAUGUUGUACUAUGAUGAUUGUCUUGGUUUGGAGACUAUUAUAAAACUAUCAGGCCUUCACAAGUUUACCAGUACACUUGAAGCAUACUUUAUACAUUAUUACUUGUAGAUACACUGUAGAAUAACACCACCUUUAUAACUCUGUAUUAUCAUCAUUUUAUACCAUUAUAUCCUUGAUUUGAGUAGCUUUUAAUACUCAAUAUUAUUAGAGUAGAUACUGUUUGUAUGUGUAUUCUACAAUGUUUUUGUCAACCUUCCAUUGUAUACCAUUCAGUCAUUUACAUUUAUCUCUGUUACUAUUGAGCAUUAAAUUAUCUUUUUAUACAUUUUAUCAUUGGUGCAAUAAAAUAUGCAUUUACAUUAAACUUGAUCUGAAAAUAAAAAUGUACUUACUGGUUUAAUUUGCAUAUAUUAUUUACAAAUAGGCUCAUAUUUACACAUUCCAUUGCAUUAUGGUCCAGUCACUUUUGUGGACCAGUUUUAGGUGGGAGUGGGUAUCUGGAAGUAGGUUUUCUGAACUGCUUUUUCAAAAGCCAUUAAAAAAAAUGCUGAGUUUGAAAUUGAACUCAAGGUUUAUGAUCUAAAGUAUAUAUGGUAGCCAUAAAAGCAAUUUUGAAAAUAUAAGUUUUUAUGGUUAUCUUUUGUUAGUUUCCAAUUUUUAGUCAACGACCUUUUUCUUUAAACUAUGUAUUAACUCCCCUUAGCUAUUACUGUCUCUAUGUAUUAAAGCAAAAUUAAUCACAAAUAAUUGAUAAAAGGUCAUUUUUUUUUAUUGAUUGUUGUCAUCAACAAUGAAUAAUUGUGCGUUUCAACUUGAAUGGGAAGUAGCUACUGCACCUACUUCUGAAAUCUAAACACUACUAACUGCAUAAAC